AUGACGAAAGACCUAGAUAUCGCACAUCAGGUAGACAACGCCAUACUUGGAAGUGUCAAAGUCCGCCAACUGGACCAGCUACUCUUCGAAGGUCUAGAGGUUUACGGCACAAAAUCUCUCGACCAACGAAAUGUCAGGCACCUUCUCCACAGGUUUGACAAGGAGGGUUGUCGUCGGAUGGACCCAUUGACUUGGAUACCGGCCGAGUUAUCGCCGUCCGAAUUACAACAACUCUUAGCACUCAAUUCACUGCAAGGGCUAACCAGAGGCGAUCCAAAGGAGAUCAAACUACACCAAAGCUGGAAAUUACGUUGUUUACAAGGAAAACAUCGACUUACAGCUGCCAACCAGUGGCUAGAUUAUGGCGACCUAUGGUGGAACUUCAUUCUCUACGACUCCACAAAACUGACCGCAGAGUCCCGCAGAAAGCUGCGUGAGGCGGAUAGCAGUUCACGGGAGUUUGGUGACGGUGAAAUAUUUCGCAAUGUUCGCUAUUAUCAAAAACGUGGAGAUGGUGAGGCAGCGGGUGAGUGGCUGGCAAGAUGGACCCCCACAAAAUGCCGUGAUUUCUAUCAAAUAUAUAAAGAGAAGCCAGGGCAAGACGACCACGGCUAUAACAAUUUACGAGAGGGACUAGAUGCCCUUUUAAAAUUCCCCGCUUUAUGGCAUUCCUGGCACAUGGGAACUCAUCUCUCAAGUCUAAAUUGCCCCGAGGAACUAGCCGAUUACCUCUACGGAAUCCUUGCGGCAUGGAAUAAGCUUACUUGUCAUGAGCCCGGACUUUUGGACCCAGAUACGGUGGAUUAUCUGCAGGGACGAUGUCCCUCCCUGUCCGAGCAGGACCGUUGUCAUAUAUGUGACAUAUUUGAUCAAAAUCUGGUCUUUCCUCGAGUGACGGAUCCGCACAUUCGAUUACGCUUGCGGCGGGCUAUAUUGGAGUUUCCAGGGAUUAUACCUUCCCUGAAGCUCUUCCAUGAAGACACAAAAUAUUUAAAGCCAAUAAUAUAUGUGGUGAAAAAGCUCUUGCCAAGCAAUUAUAAAGGAACAAUUCGACAAGCUAUGCGGAGGUAUUAUGUCCCUCCACCGGACCAGAAAUUCCCAGCUCAGAUCUCAGAUGAUGUAUUUCAAUACGUUGAGCAUACUGACGGCGGUUUUGGCUUUUGGUCGGCUUAUUGUCAGGUCUUCCUCUUCGCUAUGCGCCAUUUUUAUGGGCUGUCAGACGUGCGCCCUCUCGGCCACAGUCGUUACUCGAAGCCACGGCAAAUACCUGAUCAUCAAGAGCUGUGGAUCAGCUUCAAGACGCUCGUACGCAAGAUUGGGUUUGUUUUACCUGGUAAUAUAAUCCAAUCAAGCUUGCCGGAGCGCUCUCCUGAAUUCCAGGCCAUUCAUAGCCUCUUAACAAGGCUCCGCCCUCCCGCCCUCUUCGAGUACGAGCAAUCAGUUCUCUCGGAGUGGAGUAAGCGAGUGGCUGAUGUCCUCCUACAGAUAGCGCGAAAGAAUACAUAUAUAGCCCCUCGUCCAUCAUUGACGACGGAUACAAAGGAAGCUUGGUCGCUUGAUAAGCGCUGUGGGAUGACUGAUAUGAGCUCUUUUUUCUGGGAUCAGAAGUACCUCUUCUUCCGAAAUAUAUAUUCUCUUACCACCGAGAGCUUUGGAGAGAACCUGUCAACCUUUGCUGUCAAGAGAAAUAUGUUCACAUACUUCUUCCCUGUCUAUGGUGGAGGCAUUGGUAACGUGAGGGAUUAUAAUGACCAAGAACCAGCUUCUAGGACCGUAGGUUCUGAGCAGCUCCAGGGUCCUUCAACUCAAAAAACGGCCCCAUUACCACAAUUUGAAGACGCCAUGAUGCAGGACGAGCCUUCAGGGACCGCUACGGCAGGUCAGAGCUUCUCAAUGCAAGAUACUAUCCCACCACCAGUGGAAGAUGCUGUUAUGCAUGAUAGGCCUUCAGUGACUGCCGCAGUAGGUCACAUCUCGCAAGAUCUGCUCCAACUGCCAUCUGGCACUACACCUGUUGGACAGCGCGACGAAACUACAACGGAUAUUCAGCCGCAUAAUGGCAGCAGUGCUAUCAAAAUACAACGACCCGAUCUAUGUGUCUGCGAUAUGAAUAUUACCCCAGGGGCAUUUGUGGCACACCUCCGUGACUCUGAGGAAGAUUACCCCUAUAUCGCACUGCUUGAUGUGUCUGAGAGAAAGCUGUACUGUCUUCCACCCUCAAGCGUAGACCAGUUUCCUCAAUUACUUCGAGUAUGGGGCAACGUCUGGUUCGCAAAAGUCGACAGCACAAUGCAAAAAGCACCCAUGCUUAAAUCGCUCACAGCCGAACAAGUCAUGACUACCAUUCGUGAAUCUCCAACUCUCAUCCUUUUUGGGCGCGAUGGCAUCUUCCGUAGCGACCUUUUGCUGCCGGACGUUGAUAUGUGGGUAAACGAUACGAUUGAACUACCGUACUAUGACGACUCCCUAUAUAAAUGGGUUAUGGAAAACCAGCGUGGUGUAAUACUAUAG